AUGGCGGCGGCGGCGGCUCCUCCCGCGUCCCCGCCGGGCGCCGCUUCCUCACCGGGCCCCUCAUCCCCGCCGGGGCCCCGUUCGCCGCCGCCGCCGCCGCCCCCCCCCUCAAGAUGUCGGCGGCGGCCCGGUCGCGCGAGGUCGUGCCGGCGCUCCCCGCAGCGCCGGCGCCGCGCCAUGGACCCGAGCGGCGCGGCCUUGGCGGCGCGCCUCGGCGCCGACGGAACCGUCCCGGCGCCGCCGGCGCCCGGCCCCGACGCCUUCGCCGCCUUCGCCGACGCCUUCGACGCCUUCGACGCCUUCGCGCCCGGCGGCCGAGGCGCCGCCGCCGUUCCCGCGGGCGCGGUUGCGGCCGCCGGCCGAAGGCGCGGACCAAAGCACUUUAGACCCGGCCCGGCCGGGCGCGGCGCCGCCGGACAGCGACCGCGCCGAGCCGGCCGCCGGCGGCGCGGCGGCGCCGGGAUCGGCCGGGCCGGCCGCCGCCGAGGAGCGGCGCCGGACGGAACCAAACCGGCCGGCGCGGCCGGGCGCGCUCCGGCGUCGCGCGGAGCCAAAGCCAAAGCCCCGGAGAGCCGCCGGCGCGCGGCCGAGCCGGAGGCGGCGGGGAAGCAGACGUGGACGGUGAACGCCGAGGACUCGGUGGAGCGGCUGCCGCCGGAGGAGCCGCGCCGGGACGAGGGCGUCAGCUACAACGUGCGCCACUUCAUCUCGGCCGAGGAGGUCAAGGCCAUCGAGCAGAAGUUCUCCUUCCAGAAGAAGAAGAAGAAAGUGGCCAACUUCGACCCGGGCACGUUCAGCCUGAUGCGCUGCGAGUUCUGCGGCGCGGGUUUCGACACGCGGGCGGGGCUGUCGAGCCACGCCCGCGCCCACCUGCGCGACUUCGGCAUCACCAACUGGGAGCUCACCGUGUCCCCCAUCCACAUCCUCAAGGAGCUCCUGGCCACCGCCCCCGAGCACCCGGCGCUGCUGCGGGCCAUGGGCGCCUCGCCCGGCCGCGACCUCCACCGGGAUCUCCACCUGGAUCUUCACCGGGACCUCCACCGGGAUCUCCAUGCGGAUCUUCACCAGGACCUCCACCGGGAUCUCCACACGGAUCUCCACCAGGAUCUCCACCACGACCUCCAACGAGACCUCCACCAGGAUCUCCACCCAGAUUUCCACCCGGAUCUCCACGCCGAUCACCGGGAGCUCCACCGGGAUCUCCACCGGGAUCUCCACCCGGAUCUCCACGCCGAUCACCGGGAUCUCCACCGGGAUCUCCACCGGGAUCUCCACCCGGAUCUCCACCCGGAUCUCCACGCCGAUCACCGGGAUCUCCACCGGGAUGUCCGCCCGGAUCUCCAGCGGGAUCACCGGGACCUGCGGUGGGAUCUGCAGCGGGAGCCGCCGCCCUGGGGGGAGGAAACUCUGCGGCCCUACCGGGACGUGCUGGCUCCUGACGAGGACGAGUUGGUGGCCAUGGAGGUGACGUCCCCUCCUCCCAUCCCCAAAAAAUCCGGGAGCUCGGCGCUGGAGCCGCCCCCGCCCCGCCUCGGGACCAAGCUGAGCCCGGAGCCGCCGGGCAGCAAGGCCGAGCCCCAGGACUCCAAAGCCGCCAGCCUGACCACGUGCGAGGUGUGCGGCGCCUGCUUCGAGACCCGCAAGGGGCUGUCGAGCCACGCGCGCUCCCACCUGCGCCAGCUCGGCGUGGCCGAGUCCGAGAGCUCGGGGGCUCCCAUCGACCUCCUCUACGAGCUGGUGCGCCACAAGCCCAAGGCCGAGCCCGCCGGCCCCGCGCUGGCCAAGAAGUCGGCCGGCUCGCCCAAGGAGCCGCCGCGGCCGCCGCUGCUGCUGCUGCCCAAGCCCGAGGGCUCCCUCAACAAGGCCAUCAAGUCGCCGCCGGGCUUCGGCAAGGCCCUGGGCCGGCCCGGCUCGCCGGGGCUGCGCAAGGCGCCGCUGCCCGGCUCGCCCAAGGGCGCCGAGGAGAAGGGCGCCAAGCUGGCGCUCAGCCCGCUGCCCGCCGAGGCCAAGUGGGCGCCCGAGGAGGACGGGCCGCUCAACCUCACCUCGGGCUCGGAGCCGUGCCGCGACAUCCGCUGCGAGUUCUGCGGGGAGUUCUUCGAGAACCGCAAGGGGCUGUCGAGCCACGCGCGCUCCCACCUGCGGCAGAUGGGGGUGACCGAGUGGUACGUCAACGGCUCGCCCAUCGACACGCUGCGCGAGAUCCUGACGCGCCGCCGCUCCGGCCACCCCAAGCCGCCCGCCAAGAGCCUCCUGGCCGGGCUGGCGCCGCUGGAGCCGCCGCGGCCGCCGGGGCCGGAGCUGCACCUGCCCGGGCUGGGCAAGAAGCUGCCGGCGCCGCUGAGCCCGCCGGGGCCGGCGCCCGGCGCGGCCUCGCCGCCGCCCACGGCCCGCAAGAUGUUCCCGGGGCUGGCCCUGCACAAGAAGCUCAAGCCGGAGCAGCUCAGGGUGGAGAUCAAGCGGGAGCUGAUGGCAGCGGGAGGAGGAGGAGGAGGAGGAGCCGGGAUCCAUCCCGGGGAGGCGCCGGCGCCGCCGGACCCGGCCUGGGCGGCGCACGAGGAGAUGGCGCCGCUCAACCUCUCCUCCCGGGCGGACCCGGUGCGCGACAUCCGCUGCGAGUUCUGCGGGGAGUUCUUCGAGAACCGCAAGGGGCUGUCGAGCCACGCGCGCUCCCACCUGCGGCAGAUGGGGGCCUGCUGCGAGCUCUGCGGGCUGUACUUCGAGAACCGCAAGGCGCUGGCCAGCCACGCCCGGGCGCACCUGCGGCAGUUCGGCGUCACCGAGUGGUGCGUCAACGGCUCGCCCAUCGAGACGCUGCGCGAGUGGAUCCGGCACCGGCCCCACAAGGCCGGCGCCUACCGCAGCUACAUCCAGGGCGGCCGCCCCUUCUCCAAGAAGUUCCGGAGCUCGGCGCACCCGCGGGAGCCGCGCGGCGCCGCCGCCGUGCCCUUCCUGCCCAAGGGCGGGCUGGCGGCCGAGGCGGCGCUGGGCGACUGCGCCAAGGGCGCCGAGGGCGCCGAGCGGGCGCUGGGCUCGCCCCUGGGGCUGGUCAAGGUGGAGGAGCCGAGGGGCAACUUCAGCAAGUUCGAGCGGCGCCAGGCGCGGCCCCUGGAGCCGCCGCCGCCCCGCGACGCCGCCGGCAGCGCCGACUUCGCGCGGAAGCCGCCGGAGCCGCGGCCGCCGCCGCCGCGCGUCCGCCCGGUGCCGGCGCUGGUGCCGCGCCCGCCGCAGACCUCGCUGGUCAAGUUCGUGGGCGACAUCUACACCCUCAAGUGCAGGUUCUGCGAGGUGCAGUUCCGGGGCCCGCUGUCCAUCCAGGAGGAGUGGCUGCGGCACCUGCAGCGCCACAUCCUGGACAUGAGUUUCUCCGCGGCGGAUCCGUGCCGGAGCCAGGCGCCCCCGGAGCCGCCGGCGCUGCCCGGCGCGCCCUGAGCCGCUCCCCGGAAUUCCCGCAUCCCGAAAACCGCCGCGGGAUCCCCCGGCAAUUCCCAGCCCGCUCCCGGCGGCAGGAAGAAGGAAAAUCCCAAAUUUUGUAUCCCAAAGAACCGGCGGCGCCUCGGGGAGGGAAUUCCCGGAAUUCCCGGAAUUCCCGGGGGGAAGCGCUGUGGAUUUUGUACAUUUGGACCCUCGCCGAGCUGUAAAUUCCCGUUUUUUUUUGUUUUGGUUUUUUCCCGUUUUUAUUUUUUUUGGUUUGUUUUUUUAGUGGCCCCGUAGAUGUCGGAAUUGCCUCAGUUCCGGGGUUGCAUGUUCCCAAAAUUCCCAUUUUUCCCAAGCGAAUCCCGCGGGAUUCUCCCCCCUCCUCCCGCCGCCGAUUCCCAAAAUUCCCCCGGCGGCGGAGCCGGGAAAUCCCGUGGGAAUCCCCAAAAUUCCGGGAGGAUUCGGCUCCGUUUUUCCCCCCAAAUUCCCAUUUUUUGUUUGUUUUUUUUUCCCGUCGUUCUCGGUUUUAUUCCCGUUUUUCCCCCCUCAUCCCGACUUUUUUAAACUCUAGAUUCGUGUAGAAAGCCAAGGGAAAAAAAAAAAAAAAAAUCCAUUUUUAUUUGGAAAUCCCGAAACUUCCGGAUUUCGGAAGGAAUUUUAACGGAGAAAUAUUUUGGGGUUUUUUUUUUUCCCUUUUUUUUUUUUUUUUUUAAAUUUUUUUUCCACGUUUUUCGGGACGUUUCCGGCGGUUCCUGUACCCGGGGCUGGGCAACGAUGGAUUAAAUUCUUCUGGAGAUGAAUUCCCGGGAAAAACGGA